AUGCCAGGAUGUGAUUGGGUCAAAUCCUUUCUAAAACGACAUCCACAACUUUCUCGGAGGAUUGCGCAGAACAUUUCACAUGCUAGGGCUGCUAGUGAUGAAGAAAUCAUAAAUAACUUCUUCGAUAAUUUGGAGGUUGAGUUAGAUGGAAUUCCUGCAAGCAAUAUAUGGAAUUAUGAUGAGACUAACCUAGUUGAUGACCCGGGACAGACAAAAGUAGUAACCAAAAGAGGAACGAAGUAUCCUGAACGUAUUAGGAACUCAUCUAAAGCCUGUACCUCAUUAAUGGUAUGCGGAAACGCCGAGGGUCAAAUAGCACCAGUUUACGUCAAUUAUAAAUCUCAAAAAUUAUGGACCGAAAAUGGACCGCCAAACGCGUGA